AUGGAUGCCUAUGGACGGAUGCUAAAGUGGGCUGUGGAGCUCAAUAUGUUUGACUUGACAUUUGAGUCCAGAAAGGUGAUCAAAGGGCAAGCCCUAGCAGAUUUCAUUGUAGAGCUUACUCGGCCUACAAUAGAAUUCGUCCAAGACCCAGCAGAUGGAAAACAACAUUGGACCCUUAUGGUAGAUGGAUCGUCCACUGCCAAUGGUUGUGGAGCUGGGAUCAUCUUUCAAUCACUAGAAAGGGACAAAUUUGAAUAUGCAAUCAAAUUUCAGUUCCAGGCUUCAAACAAUGAAGCAGAGUAUGAAGCUCUUUUAGCCGGCAUCAAAAUGUGCAAAGCGGCCGGAGCCCUGGAAAUUGAAGCAAAGACGAAAUCUCUGCUGGUGGUUAGUCAAGUCAAUGGAGACUUUGAAUGCAAGGAAGCAUCUAUGAGUAAGUAUAUGAAGCUGAUUCAGGAGGAAAUAAAAACAUUGAAACGAUUUGUGCUCGACCAAGUUCCAAGGUCGGAGAAUCACCAAGCCGAUGCCCUGUCAAAAUUACCAAGUUCGGCCGAAGGGGAUGUGACGAGGACUAUGUUUUGGGAGGUAAAGCCAGCCAAGAGCAUUGACCAAAAGGAAGUUCUGUUCCUCAGUCGAGGAAAUAUGUGGAUGAGCCCCAUCAUAGGAUACAAGAAAACAAGACGCUUGCCCACUGAUCCCUUGGAAGCCAAGUAUGUAAAGGCAAGGGACAAAUGGUUUGAGCUGUGGGAUGAAACUCUGUAUAAGAAAGCAUUUAACCGGCCACUCCUCAAGUGCAUCACUAGAGAGGACGGGUUGGAUAUCCUUAAGGAGCUACAUGAAGGAGCUUGUGCUUCCCACAUUGGGGGAAGGGCGUUAAGGGAAAAGGCUUUAAGGACUGGGUAUUAUUGGCCUACUUUAAAGGAGGACGCUAUGCUUUAUGCAAAGAAGUGUGAUGGUUGUCACAGGCAUGGCAACAUUUAUCAGAAGUCGUCCAACUAUUUGGCUCAAGUUCUUUUUCCUCUUCCCUUUGCCAAAUGGGGAGUGGAUAUCCUUGGGCCAUUUCCUUUUGAAACGCCCAAGCUCCGCGAAUGGCUGGCCGAUCAGGGCAUUAAAGCCCACUUUGCUGCUCUUGUCCAUCCCCAGGCAAAUGGACAAGUUGAAGCAUUCAACAAAAUUUUAUCAGCAGGAAUUAAGAAGAAGCUAGACAAUGCAAAAGGACUGUGGGUAGAAGAGUUAUAG